CGGUUUAUCGGCGCCAUCAUCGCCGGAGAGAGCUAUAGAGCUGGAACAGACCGAGGGCGCUCCAAGACGUCGCUGUCGAUGCGCUUGCUUUGACUGCCCCUGCCCCUGUUUACGAUUUCGAUCCCAAAACAACAGCAACAACAACAACCAAGAGUCAACAGCAUAGCGCUGGAAGAUAUCAGCGAAAGCAGCAGCACUGAUUUUUCGUAGAGCACACGUCGACGUCGCAGCUCAUAGGCUAAGAAACUCACGCUCACGUAGCCAUCAUGAUGCACACACGAGCUCUUCUGCCCAGAAAGCUGCAACAAUGUUUAAGCCAAGACAACAACCGUUCCCAACUGAGACACACAACAGUUAACUGCCUUAACAAUGUCCAAAAACAACAACAACACAUGUUCUCAACAGCGCCACGAUCGACAUCAGCUGCGCUGCUCUCUCCAGCGCCGCUCUCGACAUCAUUAGCGUUGCCGUUUGCAAUCAGACGGUUUUCACAGUCGGCGUGCGGCGAUACAAAAUCGAAGAAUAUGGCGGACAUGAAAAUGCUGCAAACUCCUCUGGAGGAGAGCGAUCCCGAGCUGGCCGAGAUCAUCAAGAAGGAGAAACAACGUCAGCGCGAAGGUCUCGAAAUGAUUGCCAGCGAGAACUUCACCUCUGUGGCAGUCUUGGAGAGUUUGGGCUCUUGCUUGACCAAUAAAUACUCGGAGGGCUAUCCCGGCAAGCGAUACUAUGGCGGCAAUGAGUUCAUUGAUCAGAUCGAGUGCAUGGCUCAGAGUCGCGGCCUCCACUUGUUCAAUCUCAAUAAGGAUGAGUGGGGCGUCAAUGUGCAACCUUAUUCGGGAUCGCCGGCCAAUUUUGCAGCCUACACGGGCGUCUGUCGUCCGCACGAUCGUAUCAUGGGUCUAGAUCUUCCCGAUGGUGGCCAUUUGACGCAUGGCUUCUUCACACCAAACAAGCGCAUCUCAGCCACGUCCAUCUACUUCGAAAGCAUGCCCUAUAAGGUGAAUCCCCAGACUGGCAUCAUCGAUUACGAUAAGUUGGAGGAGGCUGCCAAGACGUUCCGCCCUCAGAUCAUUAUUGCCGGCAUUUCUUGUUACUCCCGUCUGCUGGACUAUGAGCGUUUCCGCAAGAUCUGUGAUCAGGUUGGCGCCUAUUUAAUGGCCGAUAUGGCGCACGUGGCUGGCCUAGUAGCCGCCGAGUUGAUUCCCUCACCUUUCGAAUUUGCGGACAUUGUAACAACAACCACGCACAAGACGCUGCGCGGGCCACGCGCCGGCGUCAUCUUCUACCGCAAGGGUGUGCGCGGCUGCAAACCCAAUGGCGAUAAAAUCAUGUACGAUCUGGAGGAGCGCAUCAAUCAGGCCGUGUUCCCAGCACUGCAAGGUGGACCGCACAACAAUGCGGUCGCAGGCAUUGCAACAGCCUUCAAGCAGGCCAAGUCUCCUGAAUUCAAAGUAUACCAGGCACAGGUAAUCAAGAACGCCAAGGCUCUGUGCAAGGGGCUGAUAGAUCUGGGCUAUAAUGUGGCCACUGGUGGCACUGAUGUCCAUCUCGUAUUGGUCGAUGUCCGCAAGGCGGGCUUGACAGGCGCAAAGGCAGAACUGAUACUCGAGGAAAUCGGCAUUGCCUGCAACAAGAAUACGGUGCCCGGAGACAAAUCGGCACUGAACCCAUCGGGUAUUCGUCUCGGCACACCCGCUCUGACCACGCGCGGUCUCGUUGAAAAGGAUAUUGACCAGGUGGUCAAGUUCAUUGAUGAAGCGCUCAAGAUUGCUGCUGAAGCGGUCAAGGAGUCGGGCAGUCCCAAGCUGGCCGAUUUCGCCAAUGUGCUGCAUGAGAGCGACAACAUUAAGGAGAAAGUGGAGGACUUGCACGAACGCGUCAUCGAGUUCAGCAGCAAGUUCCAGCUGCCUGGCCUGGAAACAUUUUAAAGCGCACCCAACUGGUGGCGAUCGCCUCGUCUCUAUUUACAAAUGCAACAUUCUCUCUUCUUUGGCCUGCGAAAAAACGUAUACUAUUUUUAUUUUGUGUACACCAAUAGUAUGUUAAUGAAUUUAUAUGCGCCGAUCUUUUCAAUUCCAAAUAAAACCAAUGCUACAGUUAGGUUACAAAAAACA